AUGCUAAAGAAAGAGUGUCCUCACGACGAGGUUCACCGAUCCUGUUCGUUUUAUGAAGAGUACACUUGUUGGGAAACGGAACAGAGGACUAACAGAGUUAAGAUAAUACCUAAACGUUUGCUGCACUGCAGAUCUGGCUGCUACUGCAAGAGAGGAUUGGUGCGCUCCUACCCUCAGGGACCUUGCUUGCUCGCGAUGACCUGUCGCAACCAAGAAUUGCAAGAACUGCUCAACAGACUGCCACCCGCCUUCGAUCGCUUCCGA